CUUAGGUUCACCAUGGUUCUAGCUGGGUGGGAGGGAUCAGCUUCAGACUCGAGGAUAUUGGCUAGUGCCAUUACCAUGGAGAAUGGGAUUGUAUGUCCUGCAGGUAAGUACUACCUUGCUGAUGCUGGUUUUCCAUUGCUUCGUAAUUUCAUUACUCCAUUUCGAAGCACCCGAUAUCACCUCAAUGAGAUACGAGGCCGAGUACCAGGAACAGAAAAGGAAUUAUUUAAUCAUAGACACUCAUCGCUUCGCAAUGCCAUUGAGCGAACCUUUGGUGUGUGGAAGAUGAGGUUCAAUAUAAUUAGUGAAAAACCAACACACUCAUGGGAAAGGCAGAUUGAUAUUGUCUUAGCUUGUGCAUCGGUGCAUAACUUCAUUAGGGGAGUAAUGCCACAUGAUGCACUUUUGGAUGAAGUGGAUCGAGCUCUUUUGGACCAUGUUCCCGAUCCAGAGCCAAUAGUAGAGCCACAAAUCAGCAGGGUCGAGCAUGGUCGUCUAGGAACCAUUGUAAGGGAUCAGAUUAUGCAUAAAAUGUGGGUUGAUUGGGAAAGAAGUUGUCGACGUCAAAACUGAUUUAUGCACAAGAUGUAAACCUUUUUUGGAAAUGUUUUUUUGGGAUCAAUAGUCCUUUUUUUCUUCCUAAUGCUCGUCCUUUUUUUAGGGUGUCUUUUGUUAUAUAUUUUGGAAGGUCAUCAUUUUAUUUGACUAGAAAUGAAAGCCUAUCUUCACUAACUAGGAAAACUUGUAUUAUCAUCUCAGACAAUGCAUUUCUCAAAUUUAUAUCUUCUCUAGUUGGAUUAUAUUUUGUUGUUAACUACUCAUAUAUUGUGUUUUAGUUUUUAAUUUUAGAUGGAUCAUGUAUAUGACUCUUUAUCAUCUAAUGACACCAACAAAAGAAGCAAAAAUCAGAUGUGGGAUUCGGAUAUGGAUAGAACUUUAUUUGAGUUCCUAGAUGCCCAAGUUGCAGAGGGCAACAAGUCUCAAAAUGGAUUCAAGGAUGCAACAUAUGUGCAAGCAGCGCAUGUUAUUAAUUCUGCCCAUGGAUUGAGUGUUAACAAAGAGAAUAUUCGAAAUCGAGUAAAAAGUGUAAAGAAGGUCUAUAGGACCCUCUAUGCUAUCGCCAACACUAGUGGGUUUGGCUGGAAUUCUGAACUCAAGCAGCUGACAUAUCAUGAAGAUAGCGUGUGGAACUCCUACAUAUUAGAGCACCCCGAAGCCAAGUACUACAAAAACAAGAAAUUUGAGUUCUUUGAUAUUUGGGAGAACAUUUUUGGUGAGGACUUCGCAACUGGCCAGUGGGCUAGAAAUCGAAAGGCACGUGAUAACGACCAAAAUCAUUCAGAGACAAGAGGUGGGGAUCCAAUGAACUUUGAUGACAAUGCCAUGGAGUCGAACACGAAUGUGGUAGGUGGAGACUCACAAGAUCCAAGGACAUCACCUGUUAGAGAGGGGCCUAGUGGAAAUCGAUAUACUCCAAGGCCAAAAAAACAGAAACAAAGUGUUGAUUUUGAUCAACUAGCCACCAUUGCUGAAGGCAUCAAGGAUUUGGCAGUUGCACUUCGAGAACCACCCAAGCAACCAAGCCCUUAUCAGAUGGAUUUGACACCUAUCCUCCAUGCCAUACGAGAGAUCCCUGAUAUUUCUGAUGUCAUAGCUAGUAGGUCUUUUGAAUACUUGAGUGCAAAUCCAGUGCAAGCUAAUAUAUUUAUGUCAUAUGAUGUCUCACACAGGGCAGACUUUCUUUGGAGGCAUUGGCAUUCACAAGACCCCAAUGGGUAGAAGGGUUGUUUAGAUUAUGAAUAUUGUGUUCUGCCUUUUUGUGAACUCUUU